UUUGCAUGUACUUCACAAUAUCAGUAAGGAUGGAAAGCGCUCUUCUGGUCUUAGUUGCGACAGUCUAGACUGUUAUAACCGUCCUUGGAAUAGCUUUCUUAGCAGGCAUGGCGGAUGCUCUUGGUUUAGAGGAUGAGCUUGCAAAGCUGAAAGUGGUCAUUAAAGAUGAUGAGAAAAUCCUGGCCCCCGCCCGCUGGGUGCCCCGAGUGGAGCUGGCGUGCGGUGACAAGCGCUGCCUGCUGCUAGGGGGCCACCGCGCCGCCACCAACACCAUCAUGGUAUGGUGCACGUGCGGGGGGGCGGAUGCGGAGCACCCGGAGGGGUCGAGACAGAUGGCGCUGGAUGCGUGGGUGGUGGAGCACUGCAGGGGGGAGGACCUGGCGCAGUACGAGAACGAGGAUGAUGACGAGGAUGAAGACGAGGAGUCGGACCCCGUGGAUGAGCUGUGCAUGGAGCAGGCCAUGGUGGUGCGGGUGGGCAGCAGCGUGUUGCCUAAACAGAUCCCGCUCCGGCAGCUGCUGAGUCAGACACUGGUGGCGCAGGGGGGCAACAAGGAGCUGAAGGGGGCGUCAUUCUGGGUCUACUGGUACGACCAGCCCAUACCGACCCCCGGGUCACGCGAGUACGCGGGCCUGGGUCGCAGCUGGGCGCCCGGGUCGCUGUCGCGGCGGGAGCUGGGCGUGUGGUACCGCGCCAAGGUGCUUCAGUGCAACACGGAGACGGGCGUUAUGCAGGUCAAGUACGAUGUGGACGACAGCCGCGACUCGCUGUUCCUGCUGGUCGCCUUUGCGCACUUCGAGCAGGAGCCGCCGACCCGCGGGUCGCAACCCGAGGUGCUGCCCAACAUGGAGCUGCUGCCGUACUUGGGGCUUCCUCCGUCGGCUGCGGCAGGCGGCAAGGGUAGCGGCAAGGCGGCUAAAGCAGCACGAGCGGCACCCGUAGCACCUGCGCCGAAACCAGCGCAACCGGCUAAGCCAGCACAGCCGGCUAAGCCAGCGCAGGCAGCGAAACCCGCGCAGGCAGCGAAACAAGCGCAGGCAGCGAGAGGAGAGCAGCCUACCAAGCCUUCUGCUGCCGCUGCUGCUGCCACCACCACCAAGUCUCGCAAGCGCGCCGCAUCUCCGCCACCGCCACCACCACCACCACCACCCACCUCCACACGACAACCCUCCACCACAGCUGCUGCCCUUGCACCUGCCUCUGCCCCUGCCUCUGCUGCUUCUCCUGCCCCUGCUCCGGUCCCGCAGAGGGCUGCGGGGGCACGGGGGGCGGGGGGCGCGGCGGCCCCGGGCGCCACUGCGGCCGCUGGCCCUAGUCCUGCUGCCCCUGCGGGUGGUGGUGGUGGUGGUGCCGGUGCAAAGCGUGGGGAAGAGGCGGCGGGGCAGUCGAACAAGCCGCUACAGCAGCUACUACAGCCGCCACCGCAGCAGCUGCCACCGCGGCCGGCCAAGCGACCACGCCACGAGUUUGAUCCGAUACCUCUGGCGUCCUCCUCGCCCUCCGCCCCGGUCCCCCCACCGCCCCUGGGUCCCGAGGCGCGGCAGCAGCUGGAGGCGCGGGCGCGGGGGCGAGCCGGCUUCUGCGGCCUCAUCAGCGGAAACCAGGAGCAGGUCCCCGUGUUUGCCUUCAACGAGGUGGACUCCGCCCGGCCGCCCGCCUUCACCUACCUGGGGUGGGACGCGUUCGAGGGGCGGCUGGCGGGGGAGCUGGCGGAGGCGGGGAGCAGGCAGCCGGGGGUGGCGGCGGCAGCGGAGGAGCUGAGGGCCCUGUGUGAGGCCGCGGAGCCCCAGUGGGGCGCUCCCUGCGGCCGCGCCUACCACGAGGCCGUACGACAGAGGCUGGAGCGGGAACGACGGCAGCAGGGGCAGCAGGGGGGCAAGUCGCCGGCAGGAUCAGGGGCAGCCGCUGAGGCGGUUUCGGAGCCGGAGUGCUGCUACGGGCCGGAUGGACGGCUGCUGGCGACCCGGCCGCUAGGCGUGCACGAAUGCAGUCCUGGUUGCAGCUGCCCCCCAGGCCAGCAGCAGCAGCAGCAGCCUCAGCCCCGCUGUCAGGCCAACAUGCAGCUGCCGUACGGUGUACGACUGCCGUUGGAGGUUUUCCGUACACGUGACCGCAGCUGGGGGUUGCGAUGCUGUCGGGACCUGGCUGCCGGGGAGUUGGUGGCGCCGGUGUUGGGGCGGCUGGUGGCGGCGGCUGGGCUGCUGGGGGGGCGAGGCGGGGAGGAGCAGGAGGAGCAGGAGGAGGGCAGCGCGGGAGGUGGAGGAGGCGGCGGAGGAGGAGGGGCGCUGGAGCCGCCUGGAGUGGUGCUGUUGAACCACUACUUUGGGCUGUGGGAUGCCGUCUACACGCGGGGACUACUCUGGUGCGACCGGCACGUGCGGCUCUGGCAGCUGCCCCCCAACCCCCUGGCUCACGCUCUGCGGGACGGCACCCUGUCAAGUAGCACAACCACCAAGUACGGCAACGGUAACUACCCUAGCAUUAACGGUAACGGUAACGGAAGCAGCAGCUACAACCAGAACCUGUACGGAAAGUACAGCAACGGUGGGUACGGCACUGGGUCGCCCUCACCCGUCACCCCAGCUGACGCCGCAAGACCUGCCGUACGCCGCUUGUCGUGCAUGCUUGCGAUUGACACGCGACGGGCAGGUAAUGUGACACGGUUUGUACGACAGUGGAUGCCGUCAUCGGGCCCUGGGGGCGGUGGUGGAGAUCUGGGUCCUGCGCUUGUGGCUCAGCCGGUGUUGGCGGGUGCGUGCCGGAGCCCGUUGUUGUACUACAUUGGGUUGUUUGCCGUACGGCACGUGCCGGCUGGGGAGGAGCUGACGUGUGAUUGGUCGGCGAUGGGGCUGCCGGCGGGAGGGAGGUAGCGGUAGCGGAGGGGGAGCGGCGACGGAGCAUGCAUGCAUGCCAGGAGGGGUGUACAAAGGGGGGUGUAAAAAGGGAGUGUAAAAAAGGGGAGUGUAAAGUAUUCAUGUUCGUCAUUUGAGGUGGCGCAUGUGUGACUUGAUGGUCUUGCUAGGACGCUGCACUCGUGCUUUUGGGUGGUGACCAUGGGACCGCGGUUUUGUUGAUUGAGGACUUACCAGGCGUUACCGGACAGAAAGCUGUGUGCGAAUUAUGACGUACCCGAUUACGUACGGAAGACUUCACCGGAUAAUGAUGGACGCUUGCCAGAGGGCUCCGGCAAGCAAACGCGGUAAGUGUAUCUUGUGUUCGUUUCCACGGAACUGAUUAGGACAUGGGCCUUUGCCACUUGUGCACAGGAAUGGUUUGCUGUGGCGAGUGAAGCAAACCCCUCGUUGUAUGUCAACUGUUGUCAACUGACAGCUCCAAUUGAGAGGUGGCUAGACGGCUGAGCCGUACCUGACCCGGAGCGGGGCGGUGUGGCAUGGUACGGGGUUGUCGGUUAGUGUUGUACGACACUCGUGCAAGAGUGCCGUACCUUUGAGAGUGCCGUACCUUUGUACAUAUGGAGCACACGGCUUUUUGGGGCGUACAUCCACGUGGCUGCCACAGGGCGGAGGAGGAGGGUUUGAGGGGCUGCUGUGACGCUGCUUCUUUAGUCGCUGCUUCCUUGAGUGGCUAGUAUGGAAACUGGAUGGAACCGGACUUUUGAAACGGAUGCACAGCCUGAAGAGCACGGAAGAAUAUGGGGUGCAGAGAUACACAAGACGCCAAGAAAGAACGUUGGGACUUUUUGCCUCAGGAUCACCAGAAUACUUGCCCCGGGAGGGCUGAGGAUGCAUGUGUGUGUCCCAAGUCAAACAAGACAGCCUGAUGCAGUGUGGAUUUCGCGGUAGGGUUUUCACGCUUGGGCGUGCGUGGGACGCGUCCGGUUGGAAUUGGGCAAGGAAAAGGUUUGUUGCAUCUCCAUCCGGCUGUACGGCACCGAUUGGCGAGGAGAGUUGGGUAGCUCCGUAUCACGGCCAUAUCUACGGCUAAUGGUAUGUAAGCCUAACAUGGUUAUUUGGGUCUUUAGGAUAGCGGGCUGUAACUUUGCCUUCGCAUGUAACAUAGCACUUUCAUACGGUUAGCUCUGACCGCAAUCGUUUACGCACAAACACAUGCCGCAUUCUUCGUUUUACAAUAUAUGACCGUAUUCAAGUUCGAGGAAUUGUAGAUGGGACGCGGAUAGAAGUAACAUCCUCGCCGGGGCUAAGUAGGAUAGCGUUAUUGGCAAUGUCAAUAUACACGUAUUAAUACGUCUCUUUGAAAGCAAUUGAGGGCGCGGUUGCUAUGGCGGGCCCACAGAGCGAAAGCCCAGAAUGGGAGCGGCAUUGGGAGGUCCUCGGCCGCGUCGGCCUCAGCGAGUUUACACCAGAUCCAAAACUCCUGACUGACGUGAUGCAACGGGCAGGCGUGUUACAGCCCAAAGCUCGCAAACGUGCUGGUAGUGCUUCCCUGCAUGGGGGUCCCCUCAGCAACAGCGCACGGGGCCCAGCAGGAGAAGGUAGCGGUGCUCCGGGAGCCAGGCCCAUGUCAUCCUCAGCCAACACAGCCCCACGGGAUGUACGGCGACAGCGCGCCGCAUCGGCUUCCAUGAUCCUUGGCAAGGGCAACCAGGAAGCACCCCGUGUCGUCUCCAUGCGCCCCGGCCUUGUACGACAGCCCCUCAACCGCAGCACCACUCCAACCGGCCCCGACGACAUGGCCGCAGCCUCAGCCUCAGCAGCCACGGCAGCAGCAGCCGCACACAACCUCAGCCUAGAGCAGCUGCGCUCCCAAAAGCUGCCGCCGUACAGCCAACACACGUAUGCCGUACACCGGCCGUACAGCGGCAACGCCGCUGCUGCUCCACCUUCUUCAGACGCCCACAACAAACAGGGAAAUGGCCUGCAGCCGCAGCAGGGCGGCGCCGGUGGGCUGUACCUGUACCACCAGCAGUUGCACCAGCAGUACCAGCAGCAACAGCAGCAGGCCGCUUGGAGCCUGCUAGCAAACGCGGAGUGCUCCUCCUCCUCUCCCGACCGCUCUCCCUCUCCGGAGCCGGACCCCCUGUCUCCAACGCUGCCACUGCAGGGCCUGUCGGGGGUCAUGCCCUCCUCCGACGGUACGGACCCAGGAGACAUGACGCCAGUGAAUGGCACCGGAGACGGCGCGGUUGCUGCUACGGGAGGUGGUGGCGGUGGCAGAGCGGUGACGUCAGCGGCGACUCGAGCCUCCGCCGCCGCCUCCGUCGCCUUCCGUCCCGGGUCGCCGGAGCCAGCGGCAACGUCGCCUCGACCGCACGCCGACGGCAACUGGCUGGCGACGGCAGCGACAGCCCUGGCGUCGUCGUCGCCGGCGGCGGCGGUGACGACACAUGCAGGCACUGGGGGACGCGGCGGCGGUGGGGCCACCCGUACACCCGCCGUGUCCUUCCUCAUGCCGGACCCGGACGCCACCUCCUCCUCAGUCUCCGAGCAGCCCUCCGUGUCUACGGUAGUGGGCGCCGCUGCGGGGCCCUCGGAACCCGGCUGCGAAGCCGACGUAAGCGCCGUUCGUACCGGCAGCCGUCCGAGCUCCUCAUCCACACCUCCCAAGCUGACGUCAGUCACGUUGCGGGCCGCCGCCGCCGCCGCGGCCGCCAGCGGCGGCGCCGCGGGCAGCUUCAGCGCCAGCAGCAUGGCACGUAGCGCCAUGUCGCGUUCCACGACCAUGAUGUCUACCCGCUCCUCGCAACCCGCACUACUCGCCAGCGAGAACUCCCCACGAGAGCUGGCGUCCGUGCUGGGCGCCCCGCCAUCCCCGCUGUCGCCAGUGUUCCUGGCGUCAGGGGCCUCGCCGCAGCCGGCGGGUAUGCCGUACAACAUGCAAGUGCCGGGCUGGCCGGCGGCCGCGGCGCUGACGCCGCCGCCGCCGCCCCUGGUGUCGCCGCGUGAGCGUUACCGCGGCAUCUUGGAGCGAGCGGGAAGGGUGGCGGCGCAGAGGCAGGCGGAGCGGAGGCGAACGGGGGCCAUGGCUGCUGCGGCGGCGGGGCGGGGCAAGCUGCAGCAGCGUGCAGUAGCACCGGGCGCCUCCGCCUCCUCCUCCUCCUCCAGCGAUGAUGACGACUACAGUCCAGCUGCCGUGGCCCGCCGCGCUGCCCGAGGGCUGGGCGGCUGGGGCGGCAGGUGGCGGGAGCCGCUGGAGGAGACGACGGCGGCAGCGGCAGCGGCGGCGGCGGCGGCGGCGGCGGCGGGGGAGACGGGAGCCUCCCACCACCCCACCUCUCUCCCCAAGAACCCCCUCGGCGCCUCCUUCCACCCCUCCAACCACCACCCCUACACCACCGCCGCCACCACCUCCACCACCACCACCUCCAAGCUCCUGGGCGCCAAGCCCGGCCCGGGGCCUGCCCGCGGGCCCCCUCGCGACCCACGGGACGUUGCGGAGGAGGAGGAGGCGGCGCGCAUGGGCCCCGAGGAGCUGGCGGUGUGGCAGCUGGCGCGGGCGCUGAACGAGUUGGCCUCCUUCAGCGGCUUGGAGGCGGUCCGGCGGGGGCCGGCGUUGGCGGGGGGGUCCGUGCUGGAUCAGGUUGACGCCCGCAUCGCGGAGCUGCUGCAGCAGGAGAAGGGCGGGCCGCUGGGGGCAGACGGGCGGCGGCGGCCCUGGCUGCCCCCGCCCCCGCCGCUGUUCCCGCUGGGUGCGGCUCGGGACUACCUGGCUGGGGCUAGCCGGGGGGUGGCGGGGCUGGAGGGGCUGGAGGAGGUGGUGCGGGCCAUGAGGAGGAAGCUGCAGGUGGUGGUGGGUCGGGACACGGAGGACCUCCGUCGGGCUGCUGCGGAGGCGCUCAAGGAGAUGCCGGGGGAGGGCGGUGCUGCUGCUGGUGGUGCUGCUGCGGGGGCAGAGCAGCAGCAGCCGGGGCCCUCCUCACCUUUCACCGGCACAGCAGCAGCAGAUGCGGGCUUGGUUGUGAGUGGUGCCGAUGGGGAUGGCAA